CAUGACAGUUUGAUGUUCGAGGGAAAGUGCAUUCCGUAGCAUAAAAAAUGUAAAUAAGCUGUGUAUAGUUUUACGACACAGCUGAUAGGGAGUUUUUCGCCUUUAUGGCUUAGAAGCUUUGCAUUUUGUAAUAAGUUUUGAAUAUAUUCGUCAAAAAUACCUCACCCAAAUUGAAUCUACCUCAAAAUCGUGCAUACUCCCCUAGUAUAAUGUGGCGCAAUGCAGGACUGUUGACGGUUUGGCAGUGGGGCCGCCAAAGAGUUAGCAGGUUUGCCAGCUCAUCGAGUGGAGGAUCCAUCCCCAAACGGAUAUGCAUUGUCGGUGCCGGACCAGCCGGGUUCUAUGCGGCUCAAUAUAUUCUGAAACAUUUGGACAACUCCCGGAUCGACAUUGUAGAGCGACUGCCCGUCCCUUUCGGACUUGUUAGAUUCGGAGUAGCACCAGAUCAUCCUGAGGUGAAGAAUGUAAUCAACACUUUUACGAAAACAGCAGAAAAUCCUCGGGUGCGAUUUUUGGGCAAUCUUAGCCUGGGGACAGAUUUCACACUAGACGACCUCAGGGAUAGAUAUCAUGCUGUUCUAUUGACAUAUGGAGCAGACAAAGAUAGAAAGCUAAACAUUCCAAACGAGACUUUGACAAACGUGCUAUCGGCUCGGGAGUUUGUGGCCUGGUACAAUGGACUACCCGGAUUUGAGCAUUUGAAUCCGGAUCUCAGCGGCAGUACCCUGACAUUAUUAGGGCAAGGUAACGUUGCGGUUGACGUAGCUCGAAUAGUGCUCUCUGGGGCGGAUUUACUAAAGAACACAGACAUUACUGAUUAUGCACUAGAGGCUCUUUCGCGGAGCAACAUAAAGAAGGUACUCCUUGUAGGUCGUCGUGGCCCACUGCAAGCAGCUUUCACUAUUAAGGAACUACGAGAAAUGCUCAAACUGCCAAACUGUGUUACAACUUGGAGACCGGAUGAUUUACAAGAUUUGGAAGAGGCUCUUCCCAGUUUGCCCCGUCCUCGCAAGCGAAUUACAGAACUGAUGAUGAAAAGCCUGUCGGAACAAACUGCCCAACAAUCGACCGCCAGUAGCAAUAGUUUUCAACCGAUAUUUUUCCGUUCUCCGGUGAACUUCAUCGGAAGGAAUCGGGUUGAGGCCAUCGAAUACGCCGUUAACAAACUAGUCGAUAAUCGGGCCAUCCCCACAGAUGAGCGAGAAACAAUUCCAACCGAUCUGGUGUGUCGCAGUAUCGGUUACAAGUCGGUCAACGCGGACUCCAGUUUGAACUUUGACGAUAGCAAAGGAUGCGUCUCGAAUGUCGCUGGGAGGGUACUGAAGCGGACGCUAACUGGAAGCGACCAAACGAUCGACGACAUUGAGGAUAAGUAUGAAACAGGAUUGUAUUCCUCUGGGUGGCUUGCGACAGGCCCCACUGGAGUUAUCCUUACAACGAUGAAUAACUCGUUUGGCGUGGCAGAUACGAUUUGUAAGGAUUUCAACAACAACGUUAUUCGGGUGAAGGAAGAUAAACCUGGCCUGGAUACGAAUGGUAAAAGGGUGGUCAGCUGGGAAGGGUGGAAACUGAUCGAUGCCGAGGAGUGCCGGCGAGGAGAAACGAAAGGGAAACCGCGGGAGAAAAUAGUCAAGAUUGAUGAGAUGCUGAGCAUAGCUGAUGGCAAAUGAGACGCAUAAAUGACGAAGCUAUAAAACGGUACUUGGUUGCGUAUGACGUAUUGUGGUAAGUAAUGAAAGUUUUUGAAUAAUUCUAAACUAAAUUUUCAACACGCUGGCGUAUGGGAUUCUAUCAACGUAUUUUAGAUUUACGGAUUAAAAUUAUAUUCAUAUCAAUUUAUUUGCGAAAUAA